AUGGCAAGACUCACUAAUGAUGCUGUCUACGAUGCCGGCGAAACGUCUGAGAAUGUACCAAGUCCACGAUCUGAUGCUAGGAAUUAUGAUAGCUACUAUGGCAGAGGACUUUGGACAAAGUGCUUUCAAAUAAGUCUGCCUGAUAACAAGACCAAGUCGCGACAACGAGGUAAACCUACUUUUAGAAAUCGAAAAGAGACUACGAACAUACCGGAGUCCACAUUAUCUUUGUAUCUGGUUUAUAGCAUUAUUUAUUUAAGUUUCUUUUUAAUUAAAUGUAAAACUUUAAGUCCUAUGUUUCCGAAACUAUUAGGUUUAAGGGAAUGGAAACAAAUUUAUUAUAUCUUAAAGUAA